CGGGGUUCCCGCGCGCCCCACCCUGGGGUCACGUGACGCGCUGUCACGUGACGGAGCGAUGGGGACUACGCUGGACGUGCGGGUGAAGCGCGCCGGGAAGGUCUAUCGCGAUGGGGAAGUUCUUUCUGGAGUGGUGGUCAUAACCAGUAAGGACACGGUGCAGCACCAAGGGAUCUCCUUAACCAUGGAGGGCUCAGUAAAUCUGCAGCUCAGUGCCAAAAACGUGGGUGUGUUUGAGGCCUUCUGCAACACUGCCAAGCCUAUUCAGAUUAUCAACAGCACCAUUGAAAUGGUGAAACCAGGGAAGCUCCCCAGUGGCAAGACAGAAAUUCCCUUCGAAUUCCCGCUGCAAAUGAAGGGCAACAAAGUUCUGUAUGAGACAUAUCAUGGAGUCUUUGUCAAUAUCCAGUACACCCUGCGCUGUGACAUGAGGCGCUCGCUGCUGGCAAAGGACCUGACCAAGACUUGUGAAUUCAUUGUCCACUCCCUGUCACAGAAAGGGAAGCUGCUGCCAAGCCCUGUGGACUUCACCAUUACUCCUGAAACUCUGCAAAAUGUUAAAGAGAGAGCCUCCCUCCCCAAAUUCCUGAUCAGAGGGCACCUGAACUCCACCAACUGUGUGAUCACGCAGCCGCUGACGGGGGAGCUGCUGGUGGAGAGCGCCGAGGCGGCCGUCAAGAGCAUCGAGCUGCAGCUCGUGCGUGUGGAGACCUGUGGGUGUGCUGAGGGCUACGCCAGGGACGCCACGGAGAUCCAGAACAUCCAGAUCGCCGACGGCGACGUCUGCAGGGGCCUCCCCAUCCCCAUCCACAUGGUGUUCCCCAGGCUCUUCACCUGCCCCACCCUGGAAACAACCAACUUCAAAGUGGAGUUUGAAGUGAACAUCGUGGUCCUUCUGCAGGACGACCAUCUCAUCACGGAGAACUUUCCCCUGAAGCUCUGCAGGAUGUGAACACCCACAGGAGGAACAGGGAAGGAUUUAACUGGGAAUUCCUGAGGAGAUGUGGAACUUUAUCCAUGCCUGACUUCAGCAGGAGCCACCUCAAUUCCUUCUCCCUUUUUGUGCUUUCACUUUCCUGUUAACCUGGCCAAGACUUGGCCUCUCUGGAUUUCCCAAUCCUGCUGCCUUCAACAACAUUUUCUCCAAUUUUUUCAGGCAAAUCCUGAAGGAAUCAUUCUGUACCUUUCUUACAGCUCGUGGGAGGAUGUAGCAAAUUCCUCUCUUGAUUUAAUUUUGUAAUACUUGUUCCAAAGUCCUUUGAAGACCCCUGAAAACUCAUAAAUCCCAUUAGAGCCGUACUGGGAGGGGAUGGGAAUUGUGACAGAAUGAGAAAAAGGGUUCUGAAGGUCUCAAAAAUGCUGCUACAACUCUGGAAGGUGUUGCUGUGGGAUCAGUCCCAAGGUAGAUGGGAAAUGAGUGAUUUCAAAUCACACCAAGGGAAUUUUGGUCAAACCAAGAACAGGAGUUGGUGUUGGAGGAAUAAAUGAAUGUGUUUGUACAACUUAAAUGAAAAAUAAUUCACUAAGAAAUAACCUUCCCAACUCAAACAGGUUGUGGAUUUUCAUGUUUUAAUGGAACAGCCACAACUUGUGGAUUUUCCAUUAAUUUUCCAUGUGGGGUAGAGGCAGGCUCAGUCUGUAUCAUGGAAAUUGGAAGUGUAAGGAUGAGCACCUAAAAAGGCAGAAUUAAGAAAACUGAGAAAAAGAAUUUCCUUUGGUUUAUCCAGCUGUACUGCCAAGCAGGAGAACGUAAUUCCAGUUUGGGCCCUGGCCUUUUAGGAAGAAAAAGCUCAAAUUUUCAUUUCAAUGUCUGGGAAGGGGGAGGAAAAUGCUAUUUACUGAAACUUAAAACUUUUUCCUGAUACAGAGGGAUUUGGGGAAGAGCUGCAGCCUCCCAAAACUCCUGGAAGCUGAAAAGGAUUCCAGUGCUGGAAUUUUUAGGCCUUAAUUCUACAGCACAUAGUAUUUACUCACCCCUAACUCACACUGAGCAGAAAUACUCCACAAAAACAACGUGUUUGGCUGCAGCAGUAAUUUUAUUUUUUAUUCAACUGGUAAUUAAUACACUGAAUAAUGAGAGGAGUUUAAAAUUUGAUCUGGAGGAGAUGUAGCAGUGUGGGGAACAAGUGAUCCUUGGAAUUAGCCAAGAGCUCCUAAUCCAUGGGAUGCUCCCUUGCUUCAGACAACAGAGUUACACUUUGUGAUUCCCAGGCUCUGGUUCUCACCUUUUGGCUUUUUUGGGACAAAUUUGUCACUGUUGAAGGUGCUCUGGCCACUUCAGACCCAGAAAACAGUAGGAGAACAAUUCCCUGAGCUGUUGGAAUUCUGCCUCUCCUGCUAGUGAUGACCAUUCCUGCACAAAAUACAGAGGAAAUGUCAUUUAAAAAUCCUUCCCAUUUAAACAGACCAGCUCCUCAAAAAGGGGCAAAAUUCAAAUUUUAACCCUACUUUGAGAUUAAAGAAUAAUAGGGUCCAUAUGAAUAAUUUAAAAUUCUUCCUUCAAAAUGUGACUAAAAGUCAUCAUUUAAACAAC